AAAUCACAAGUACCACAAGGAAACGGAUCAGAGAUCAGAAACGGACCAGACCAGACCGAGCAGAAACCAAACCCCCUAUGCUCCUCCUCAUGUUUAUCAGACCGAGAAAAUCAGCAGCAAGAAAGUAGACAGAAACCCUUAAAUCCCAACAAAACCUUAGUUUCAUCUAAACCCUCAAAGAAUCUCUCUCUCGUUUGUUCUUUUCUGAUUCCUGAAUGCUUUUUCUCUGAGCUCACGUUUUGUUCUCUUUAUCUUUGUUUCACUGGUGAUGCCUGCUUGUUAAUCUACAAGAGUUCCUGUCUAUGGCUAUGUCGGUUGGACCGGUUGAGAAUGAAGCAUCGUUAAGUAGUGAUCUCUUCUAUGAUAUAUUGAGGCGUCUUGAUGGCCCCACAUUGGCCAGUGCAGCUUGUGCUUGUGCUGCGUUCUGUUCCAUUUCAAAAGAAGAGAAAUUGUGGGAUAAUGUUUGUUCUUCUAUGUGGCCUUCCACGAACAGGGAAGAUGUUAGAAGUUUAAUAUCGUCAAUUGGUGGAUUCAGAAAGUUUUAUGCAGACUGUUUUCCGCUUAUUGUUAACAAGGAAGUAACUGAGUAUCAAUGGAACGAUUACUUAGAGUACCCUGAAGAAUGGACUGAGGCUGAAUACUACGGUGAUGUUGAUGAAUUUGAGAGUGUUGCACCGUCGGAUUUUGUGUCCAUUGUUGAUAUCAGGUACAAGGAUAAAACAAUCUGUUCGAAAGUACUGUGGGGCAUCCCUAAUGCCAAUGAGUUCAAUGGUUGGUUUUACAACUGUCCAUUUCGUAUUGAUCUUCUUACCUAUGCAGCUAGGGAUGAUGAUAAUGAAGGGAAAGUUUUCCUUUCGGUUUCUGAUGGUCUGCCCCCAAUUUUAUCUAUGGAGAAAGAAAGGAAGGAUGGAAAACUAUGGAUGGAGCUUCGUGAUGGGCUUCGACUUAGUUGGAUUGUUGUUAACAAAAAAAUCAAGCAAGCUGCCAAUCUUGCUAGCUGGAGCCCUCUCGGUGGGCAAAGGCACUGGCCUACAGACAAGGAUUUUGUGAUACGCUUUGGAUCUGUACUUUCUGCGAAAGACAUUCUUCCAUGUCAAGUAGUAGAAUGCAUCCUUAUCAUGAAGUUUAGAGUGAUCCACACUGAAGGAGAGGGCGUUCAGACAACUCUCAAAUUAACAGAGCUGAGCAUGCAGUUGGAAGACAUGGAAGGCGCUCAUGUCAAUGGAAGAAAUAGUUUGCUUAUUCUCAAGGAAGCAUUGAGCUGCCGCAGGAGCAAAAACCACAGUGAAGUUCUCGAGUCUUGUCAUUUGUACUCAAAAGCGCAGAGCGAGUUAAGAGAGGAGAAGAUGAAAAUCGAAAGCAGGUUAGAUAGGCUUUGUAUCGUAACUGGCAUUGCUGCUUUCCUCACAUUCUGGUACUACAUUUUGUGAGAACUGAAAUGCAUCUGUUACUGUAAUCACUGUUAGCCAGAGCUCUAACAAACUUUCCAGAUGUGUACCUUUCCUUGUGUAAAAAUCAAUUUUGCUCCUGGUGAUAAAACUACUGAUUUCAUUA